UAGCAACUAAAACAAAAUUAGCAAAGUGUUCUUAAACUUUAAAAAUGAAAAGCAAUAUGUUGUUGUUUGUAAUAUUAUCGGUUGUUUUGGGUCAAAUAUCCUGUGCUAGUCGUAUUAUUGGUGGACAAUUUGCUACCCCUGGUCAAUUUCCCUAUCAAGUGUCCCUACAACUGAAGGGACGUCAUCAUUGUGGUGGUUCUAUUAUAUCGGAAACUUUUAUAGUCACAGCUGCUCACUGCACCAUUGGCCAGAGUCCUUCACAAAUGAAAGUGAUUGUUGGAACCACCGAUUUGUUGGCUGGCAAUGGCCAAGUGGCAAAUAUCGCUCAAUUCAUCAUACAUCCUCAGUAUAAUCCUCAGAGUCAGGAUUUCGAUAUGUCGCUUAUUAAACUCAGCCAACCGUUGAAAUUGGGUUCCUCAACUGUGGACAAAAUUGAAAUGGCUGGUGCUGAUUCGAACUUUGCUGCUGAUACAUUGGCCACCAUUAGCGGUUUCGGUGCCAUCAAUGGCAAUCUUCAGCUUCCUAACAAAUUGAAAUUCGCCAAUGUUCAAUUGUGGAGUCGUGACUUCUGCAAUCCCCAAAACAUUCCCGGUGUUACCGAUCGUAUGAUUUGUGCUGGCCAUCCUAGCGGACAAGUUAGCUCCUGCCAAGGUGACAGUGGUGGCCCCUUGACUGUUGAAAAUAAAUUAUUCGGUGUUGUUUCGUGGGGUUUCGGUUGUGGUGCCCAAGGCAAACCUGCCAUGUACACUUAUGUCGGUGCUUUACGUUCUUGGAUCAAGCAAAAUUCCGGAGUUUAAUUGAUAAUAAUUACUAGAUGAUGUGGAAUAUGAUAUGGAUUUGGAAACAAUUUGGAAAAUUUUACUUAAGGAAUAAU